AAUUGUGUCUUUUACAAUCCUAAAAUAAAAAAAAUAAAACCUUUUGCGAUUAAAGCUUCAGGUGUGGGUGCAAGUGCCCAUUUAGUUAAAUAAAGUGAAAUAAAAGUAAUAAAAUCGAAUAUGCCACAAAGGCUAACAAAGCAAUUUCUAGUCGACGCUCUAAUGGCGGCUAGUGUUGGUUUUCCCGCGACGGCUACGGUGGCGCAAUUAAAGCGUUUAUACGCCGCACACUGCACAAAUGAGGCGCUCAAUGAGGUGGACGACGACAACAUAUCCGACUUGGAUGAGGGAGCAGCUCCAGACAACGGUGCCGUCAUAAUCGACGCCACGCGGUAUGAUCAGGUACGAGAUGCUCAAAAUACGGUUACCGAAAAUACCGUUGGCGAAUGCCGUGACGCCGGCGCUAGCGCCCCUGCCGCUAACCUAAAUAACGUUGCUGAAAAUACCGUUCGUGAACGUCGUGCCGCCUAUAGCCUUGCCGCCGGCGCUAAAAAUGCUGCCGUUACCAAUGCUGCCGUCACUAUAACCCCCGCCGCUGACGAUAUUACUGCCAAUGCCGAUAUUACCGCCAAUGCCGAAAAUGCUGCCUCCGUAAACCUUGCCGUCUCCAAUAGCUACACCAGCGACAAAACUUCCGCUGGCGCUGACAACACGGCAUCCAGCCCUACGAAUGCCGGUGACGACUACACCGCUGAUAAUUUGGACCAGCAGAUUACGGAAUUAAGGAAGAAGCGCGAAAUAUUGGAGCUGCAACGUCAAAUAAAUGAGCUGAAAACUACGAUUGCCCAACCAAGUGCUUGCAGAGCUUCAUUCGCAGACAUUGAGCACGCAGUUCCAAAAUUUAGUGGUGAUAGUACCGCACAAUCAGUUCAACACUUCUUCCACGAUUUCGAGGAAAUAAUGCGUACGGUUAAUGCGGACGAUCAAUUUAAAUUGUUAAGCUUACGUCGCUCACUACAUGGAACAGCGAGAGUGUUUUAACGACGACAUCUGCACUCAACUAUCAUGAUUUGAGGAAGGCAGUUAUAGAUGAGUUCGACAGUGCAGUUACUCGCCACGACGUCUACAGAAUGUUGAGCGAAAGGAAGUGGAAGCCCCAAGAAGAAUCACUGCACUGUUACAUAUUGACUAUGCAGGCUCUGGCGAAACGUGGAUGUGUCCAGGAAACUGACGUCAUCGACUUGAUCUUUGAUGGGAUCGGGAAUAAAAUAAACAAUAUAAAUUUACUUAUGCCAGCACAAUCACUGGACGAGCUGAAGAGGCUAGUGAAUCGCUACUAUUCCAAAUACCUCAAGCCAAAUUUUGGUACUGUUCGACGUAUGAUGCCUGCCGCUGCCGCAAAGCAACCUGCCGUUCCCGUCAAGCCGUCAGCCUCUGAUAAGCUUACUGCCGAGUCUGGAGGAAACAGCCAGCCACUAUGCUUUAACUGCUCCAAGAGGGGCCACAUAAAGCCAAACUGCCCGUAUCCGAUGCGUCCGAAUGGGUCCUGCUUCCGGUGCUGGAAGAUGGGUCACGACCAUCAUUCAUGCACCAAUCCACGGAAAAUUUUGAAGCCGAUUUCCGACCAACCAGUUGCUGCCGUUUACGAAAACGACCUCACCGAGCUGGAAUCGUUCAAUUUUUCCAACUAGCUUUAUGAAGCAAUCGUGUGUGCCAAAUAAUUGCCAAAUUUUACGAGAGCCACAACAUACUUACCGCAGCAUUGGUGGAUUAAAACUAAAAAUAUUGGGUCAAGUCCUUUGUUCUGUGAAAUUUAAAAAUGAAGUAAAAAAUAUCAAAAUAAAUAUAUUGCCAGAAAAUGAAAUGUUAGUACCUGUUAUUUUUGGACGAGAUUUUUUGAAGCAGUUUAACAUACGCUUAGCUAAAAUAAAACGUAAAUAUACGAGAGACAAUUUAUUGAUAUAUAAGAACACUCUUUGCACUCCCUUGUCGAAUGACCUGGUCGAAAUCUUAAACAAGUUUAGCCUCUUAAAAGCUUAUGCGCCACCUAAUAACAUUAAAUCCGGGGACAUGAUCGGUACGAGUGGGAAUGUUGGUCCCAGCGGGCGGGUAUCCGUCGAAUUGCCGGACAUAUUCAAUAUUGAAAUCGAUAGCCAAAACGAAGAGUUGGAUAUAGACUUUGCGCUAAAUCGUAAUCAGCGUGCCGAAUUAAGUAAAUUAGUGUUCGAUUCGUAUAUAAAUCCGAAAGAUCUUAGGGUAGAGCCAGUAGAAUACGAAAUGAAGAUUCACUUAACAACUGAUAUGCCGUUUUAUUGUGCGCCUAGACGUUUAUCAUUUGCCGA